UGCCCGGCCCGGCCCGGCCCGUCCGAGCUCCGGCGCGGAUCCUGCCCAUGCCUCGCCGCCCCCCCCGGGGCGCACGGCGACCGCGCACGCGGCGGGCGUAGCGGCCGGACGCGGCUCCGGCCCGCGGUGGCCAUGGCCCUGCCGCGCACGCUGGGGGAGCUGCAGCUGUACCGGGUGCUGCAGCGCGCUAACCUGCUGGGCUACUACGAGACCUUCAUCCAGCAAGGCGGCGACGACGUGCAGCAGCUGUGCGAAGCGGGCGAGGAGGAGUUCCUGGAGAUCAUGGCGCUGGUGGGCAUGGCCACCAAGCCGCUGCACGUCCGGCGCCUGCAGAAGGCCCUGCGCGAGUGGGCCUCCAACCCGGCGCUCUUCAGCCAGCCCGUGCCCGCCGUGCCCGUCAGCAGCAUCCCGCUCUUCAAGCUGGCCGAGCCCGGCGGGCGCAAGGCGCUCAGCAACGGGCGCGCCAGCCCCAGCGAGGCUGCGGGCAGGGCGGGCGGCGGCGCCGGGACGCCCCCAGCCCGCAGCCCCGCCGAGCCCACCGAGAAGCUGUCGCCGUCGGCCGCGCCGCCCUGGCCGGGCCGCAGCACCCCCGAGUCGGAAGGCGGCGGCGACGAGGAGCCGGCGGCCCCGCCGUUGUCGCCGGGCGGCGGCGGCGAGCAGACGCCGGGCGCGGAGACGCUGGAGCCGGCGCUGGCGCGGGCGGUGGCGGAGAGCGUGGAGCGGCUGUUGCAGAGCUGCCCCCGCGGCGGCGGCGGCGGCGGCGACGAGCUGCGGGCGCUCCUGAAGCUCAACAAGAAGCUGGCCAAGGCCGUGGGGCACAUCUUCCAGAUGGACGACGGCGACCGGCAGAAGGAGGAGGAGAUCCGCCGCCACAGCGCGAUCUACGGCCGCGGCGAGGCCCGGCGCCGCGACGGCAAGCAGCUCAGCCUGCACGAGCUGAUCAUCAACGAGGCGGCCGCCCAGUUCUGCCUGCGCGACAACUCGCUGCUGCUGCGGCGCGUCGAGCUCUUCUCCCUGUCGCGGCAGGUGGCCCGCGAAAGCACCUACGUGUCCGCGCUCAAGGGCGCCAGGGCCCUGCCCGAGGACGGCACCGCCCCCGCGGCCAAGCGGCUCAAGCAGGAGGCGGGCGAGCAGAGCCGCGCGGAGCCGCUGCCGCCGGGCGCGGAGCCCCACGCGGCCCCGGGCCGCCCCGGCCCGGACGAGGACGCCGGCAGCCUCUCCGGGGAGAGCCCCGAGGGCCACGCGCAGGCGGCGGGCGCCUGUCCCCGGCUGACGCCGCCGCCCGGGGCGGCCGCCGAGCUGCCGCUGGGGCUGCCGCCGCACGGGCUCUGGAGCCGGCACCUCCUGCAGCAGACGCUGAUGGACGAGGGGCUGCGGCUGGCGCGGCUGGUGUCGCGCGAGCGCGCCGGGCGGCUCAGCCCCUGCCCGCCCGCCAAGCCGCCGGCGCCAGACCCGGAGGACGGGCCGGCCGAGCGGGGCCCGCUGGAGACUCCCCGCGGCGCCGUGAAGGUGGAGCAGGAGAGCAGCCGGCAGUGAGGCGCCCGCAGCCCCGCCACCACUAAUGAAGCAAUAAGGCGCUGGGGGCCGGCGCCCGGGGGGCCCGGCGCCCCCGCCACGCACCGGCGCUCCCGUUACCUCAGCCGCGGCAGGCGGACACGCUCCUGGCAGCAGCAAUACCCUCGCCCCGGAGGGGCACGGGGCCACCGCCGCUCGAGCGCCUCCGUCCCGCUGUACAGGCCCCGGGCGCUGCGGAGGGGCGAGCGCGGCCCCCGGCACGUGAGCCGCCAGCGCUGGCGUCAGCGCUGCCUCCCACGGGUGCCGAGGCACAACGGGCAUCGCUGGCACGCAGAGCGCCGCGCCACCCCCGCAGCACCGCCCCGCAACACAUCCACACGCAGCUCUGCACGCACGCACAUUUCGGCUUGCACACACAGCCCUGCAGCACAUCCACGUGCACCUCCGCAUGCACAUGUGUUUUGGCUUGCACACACCCCUCCUCCCCGCAGCACAUCCACGUGCAGCUCCACAUGCACGCACAUUUCAGCCAUAGGUGCACACCUCCCCCAAAGCACGUUCACAUGUUGCUCCACAUGCACGUGCAUUUCAGCUGCAGGCAUGCACCUCCCCGCAGUGCAUCCAUGCACAGCUCAGCAUAAAUGUGCAUUUUGGCUUGCACUCACACCUCCCCACAGCACAUGCACACGCAUUUCAGCUGCAGACACACCUCCUCACAGUAAAUCCAUGUGCAACUUGUCAUGCACAUGCAUUUCAGCCAUAAGGACACACCUCCAUGCAGCAUCUCCAUGCACAGCUCAGCAUGCAUGUGUAUUAUGACACACUCCCCCCGCCAUGUGUGCAUACCACGCUGCACACACACAUUGCAGCUGUGCCCCCCCCCACACACACACAGCAACCCCAUACCACUCAGCACACAGCCCCCAGGAAUGCUCACGCCCACCUGCAGCAUGCAUGCUCACAGUAAACAUGCAUCGUGUGGCGGGUGUGUGCUCACGCACAUGCAUGCACACCUCAGCACACCAGGCAGCAGCAAGCGUGCAUACCAGUGGAGCACGUGCACCCCUGAGCCAACGCGCAGGGUGUAGCGCUGCACCUGCUUGCCUGCAGCCCGGCUGCCGCCAGGAGCCUCAUGCAGCCCGGCCACGGCAGGCGGCACGUGCCCGGUGCCAGGGCGGCCCGGCCCCCUGCCCGGCCCCCCCGCGGGGUCCCUCCUGCCCCCGCUCCUGGGAGCCGAGCCUGGCCUCCCCCCUCCCCCCCCGUAGGACUCUGUGGUGUCUUUUUAGAGCAUUAGCGACUCUUCCUUUGUAAUGUGUACAGUAGAUUAUUUAUUUUGUUAUUUUGGAAUAAAACUUUAUUUUAUGGC